AUGUGGUUGCGGGUGAUGUCGUUGAGAGAGCAGCACCCGCUCAGCGCCAUGGUGAGCUCGAACUCGUCGCGGAGCAUCUGGAGCACCUUCCUCACGCCGGCCUCGCCCGCCGCCGCCAGGGAGAACACGACGGGCCUCCCGAUCUGUCGGAUUCCGCACCAGUUUCAGGCGCCUUCGGUCCCAUGAAUCAAAGAAAGAUGGUCGUUCUACAACAGGAUGAAUCUUGCACUUACGAAUACGCCGGAAGCUCCGAGAGCCAGCGCCUUGAAGACGUCCGUUCCACGACGAACCCCACCGUCGAGAAACACGGGGACUCUCCCUUGUGCAGCUUUCACCACCUGA